UCAGUAAAUUUGCAUACAAUGACUAUAAGUGUCUGAGCAACUGCGCGUUUUUGCAGUACGUUGUCUUCAACAGCAUUGUAGUCGAAAUGCCUGAUCCAGCCAAAGCCGCACCCAAGAAGGGCUCCAAGAAAGCCGUGACCAAGACCGCGGGAAAAACUGGCAAGAAGCGCAGAAAGACCAGGAAGGAGAGCUAUGCUAUUUACGUUUACAAGGUGCUGAAACAGGUCCACCCCGACACUGGCAUCUCUUCCAAGGCGAUGGGCAUCAUGAAUUCCUUUGUCAACGACAUCUUUGAGCGUAUCGCCGGGGAAGCUUCUCGUCUGGCGCAUUACAACAAACGCUCCACCAUCACCUCCAGGGAGAUCCAGACCGCCGUCCGCCUGCUGCUCCCCGGUGAGCUGGCCAAGCACGCCGUGUCUGAGGGUACCAAGGCCGUCACUAAGUACACCAGCUCCAAGUAGACCGCGCUUUGCGUCUAUUCAAACUCAAAGGCCCUUUUAAGGGCCACCCACGACAUGAAAAAGCGGU